GACCGCACAAGAACCACACAAUAGCUAGCGACAGUUACAAACAUCACAUAAUAUUUACCCUUUAUUUUUUUUUAUAAAAAAUAUUACUCUUUUCUUUCUAGUCACAAUUUUCCUCAGCUCACAGCUCACAGUAUUCACACGUCACCUACAUCUUUCUUUUAUGUGUUAUAUACCCCGAAAUAUAUGAGUCCUAAAGAAUCAUAGGUUGUUGUUGUUGUUACAUCGCUUUCUUUUAAUGCUCUUCUUGUUUCCCUCUAACGACGACAACCGUCCGAUGAUGUUCUUCAGAUCAUUAAUUUUCUUCUUUCUCAUAUUCUUCUUCACAUCAAAUGCUUCCUCCCUCAAACAAACCUACGUGAUCCACACUGCAACAACCACUACCAAACACGUCGUUACUUCGCUUUUGGAUUCACUCCAAACAGAGAAUAUUCACGACGACGAUGAUUUCUCUAUCCCCGAGAUUCACUAUAUUUACGAAAAUGCCAUGUCCGGCUUCUCCGCGACUCUCACCGACGACCAGCUCGAGACCGUGAAGAACACAAAAGGGUUUAUCUCGGCGUAUCCAGACGAGCUCUUAUCUCUACACACGACAUAUUCUCACGAGUUUCUUGGUCUUGAAUAUGGGAUCGGACUUUGGAACGAGACCAGCCUAUCUUCGGACGUCAUCAUCGGCCUUGUGGACACAGGGAUCUCGCCGGAGCACGUGAGCUUCCGAGACACGCACAUGCCUCCGGUCCCAUCUAGAUGGAGAGGUUCGUGCGACCAUGGCACAAACUUCUCUUCAUCAUCGUGUAACAAGAAGAUCAUCGGGGCUAGCGCGUUUUACAAAGGCUACGAAUCCAUCGUUGGAAAAAUCAACGAAACCUCUGAUUUCAGGUCGGCUCGAGACGCACAAGGACAUGGGACGCAUACAGCCUCGACAGCUGCCGGAGACAUGGUCCCGAAAGCGAGUUAUUUCGGACAAGGAAGAGGUUUGGCUACGGGGAUGAGGUUUACUUCGAGGAUUGCUGCAUACAAAGCUUGUUGGGCACUAGGAUGUGCCAACACCGACGUAAUCGCAGCCAUUGACAAAGCGAUUUCAGACGGUGUGGAUGUGAUCUCUCUGUCGCUAGGUGGGUCGUCACGACCGUUUUAUGUCGACCCAAUAGCGAUCGCUGGGUUUGGAGCGAUGCAGAAGAACAUUUUCGUUUCUUGCUCUGCGGGUAAUUCAGGUCCAAUUGCAUCCACAGUGAGUAAUGGAGCUCCGUGGUUGAUGACCGUCGCUGCGAGUUACACGGACCGGACUUUUCCGGCGAUUGUCCAGAUCGGGAACCGUAAAAGGAUAGUUGGAUCAUCCUUGUACAAAGGGAAAAGCUUAAAGAAUCUGUCUUUAGCGUUUAACACAACAGCUGGAGGAGGCAGAAGGGGAGGAGCCGAGUACUGCGCUCGGGACUCGCUCAAGAGAGAACUCGUCGAGGGUAAAAUCGUCAUUUGCUUAAGAGGAGCCAGCGGCAGAACGGCCAAAGGUGAAGAGGUGAAACGGAGCGGAGGAGCAGCGAUGCUUCUGGUGAGCACAAAGGCCGAAGGAGAGGAGCUUCUAGCUGAUCCUCACGUUUUACCCGCCGUCUCAAUCGGUGCUUCCGACGGUAAAACCUUGCUGAGCUAUCUCUCCGGCGCGGCGAACGCCACCGCGUCUCUUCGAUUCAGAGGAACCGCGUACGGUGCAACCGCCCCGAUCGUGGCCGCCUUCUCAUCAAGAGGACCUAGCGUCGCCGGGCCGGAAAUUUCUAAACCGGACAUAGCGGCUCCCGGUUUGAACAUCCUCGCCGGUUGGUCGCCGUUCUCGGGCCCUAGCCUCCUCAGAUCGGAUCCAAGACGGGUCCAAUUCAAUAUCAUCUCUGGAACCUCCAUGGCUUGUCCACACGUCAGCGGAAUCGCCGCUCUGAUCAAGUCCGUCCACGGGGACUGGUCACCGGCGAUGAUAAAAUCGGCAAUCAUGACGACGGCGAGGAUCACCGACAACAGGAACCGACCGAUCGGAGAUAUGGGGGUGGGACGUGACUCGGCGGCCACGGCGUUUGCGCUUGGAGCGGGACAGGUGGAGCCAACGAGAGCGGUAGAUCCGGGGCUUGUAUACGAUACAUCCACCGUCGAUUAUCUCAACUACUUGUGCAGCUUGAAUUACACGAGCGAGAGGAUACUCUUGUUCUCCGGCACGAGAUACACGUGUCCUACUACUCACGGCGUCGUUUUGAGUCCCGGUGAUUUGAACUAUCCCUCUUUCGCGGUCAACUUCGUCAAUGGCGGCGCCACAACGGCGAGAUAUAAGAGGACUGUGACGAACGUUGGGUCACCUGUUUGUCAGUAUAUGGCUCACGUUGAGGAACCCAGAGGUGUAAAGGUGAGAGUGGAGUCGCAGGUUCUCAAGUUUCAGAAGGUGAGAGAGAGGUUGACUUAUACGGUCACGUUUGUUUCAGAAGCUUCGACGAAUUCAUCUUCUUCUUCCUUCGGAGCUUUGGUUUGGAUAUGUGACAAGUACAAGGUCAGAAGCCCUAUCGCCGUGACGUGGGAAUAAGUUUCGUUUCUAUUUUUAUUCAUCACUAUUAUUGUUAUACCGAUGAAGACCAAACUUAUUGAACACAACAACUUGUAAGGUUUUGUAAGUAAAUCAAAAAUUUAUCUUUUAGAACACCCGCAUCAUACUACUGUAUUUGUUUUAUCAUGGAAACAUUGUUUUUGUCUCUUAAAAAGACCAGUCUCUAUAUACAGUAAUUAAGACC